GCGAGGACAGCAUCACCGAUGGAGCUGAACUUAGCCCCGUGGCGACUGGGCGAACGGGAGCAACUUCGGAAUAUGGCUACUCGAUACAGGCACUGCGUGAUUCUUGUGCACAGAAUGAUACCCGUUGGCGUCAGUUCAAUGAUGCCGUGCGUACGACCAUUAGCCACAUGUCGCCAGGCUUCACUGUUGGUCAACUGAAUGAUGUGAUUCUGCCUUUGUGCGGCCAGUUUUUCCCGAAUCGGGCGAAGCCGGCCCCGCAGCCGGUGUUCAGCUCUGUGCCAGUGCAGCAAGCUCUCGGUGCUAUGAAGCACAGUCUUGAUAGGCUUCGUCAGCAUCGGUCUGAGGUAGGCGGCCGUCGGUCGCUGCGUGUUUGGCAAAGCUGGAAGGAUUAUCGUGCGUCAUGCAAACACUUACGCAAAGCUAGUCUGCAAGCACGCAAACAGCGCAUCUACGACCUUAUCGAUCAGGCCGCACAAGCCUGCACCAGAGACCAGAUGAGCGAAGUUUAUCGGGUCAUGCAUAAGCUUGCGCCGCGCCAGCGCAGGGAGCGCGUCAGUGUCCGCUCCCAGGACGGACACUUCCUUGACGACAAGGCACAGUUCGAGUCUAUUCUACAGUACUUUAAAGGCGCCUUUGAUAGUCCAGAGACCUUCCAGUCCCCGGUGGUAUCCACUAUUCUUGAACUCUCCACGGACGAACUCGCUACGGCCAUUGCUCAGUUUAAGACCACGCUCCUCAAAUCCCUGCAGCAUGCAGGAGUCUCCCCAGAAUUGCAAUACAUUCUGCUUGAACUACACCAGCAGUGCCAAUAUGAGCUUACGCACCUCAAACGACGGGGCACCUUCCGCCUGGGCCGUGGCGUCAGACAGGGCUGUGCAGUUUCUCCGCUGCUCUACAGUCUCUUCACUGUUUGGCUACUGGCAGAGCUGGGUAACACUACAGAUGUCUCGUGGGCCCAACGGCAGGUCACGUGCUUUGCCGAUGACAGUCAUCUAGCAUGGAGGGUGGAGAAACUUAGCGACCUUGACUUCGUUUGCCGGUCACUUCGAGCUGUGUUUCGCCUGUUGCGGGCCAGUGGGAUGACCAUCAACUCAGACAAAUCGUCUUUGGUACUCGGCCUUCGGGGCAAUUCGGCUAGGCGCACGUGCUUGUAUCAGGCAUGUGUACGCAGCACGCUUCUCUACGGGCUGCAUGCUGUUGGUGUCAGCGGUGUCAUGAUUGAUCAAUUAGAGGCCACUGAUGCUAAAUAUCUCAGGGGCAUUGCGCGCAGCCCAGCACAUCUCACGCACGAAACCACUGUUGCCUUGAGGAGGCGCCUCCGCAUAUGCAGUCCGACGGAGGCACUGUGUCAACUGCUGAAACGCAGAAUAUUGCGCAGCCAGCAGGAGGCGGCAGUCUGUGAUAUGCGUCGCACGCUUUUGCUCAUCGAG